CCCCAACAACAAACUUGAGUACUCUAUGGCUGAAACCAAAGAGAAUAUCUGGCUGUGAAACCAGAAGCAAAACAUUAUUCGAGAGUGAAAAAGUUUAGAUCGCGAUGGAAGACGUAGAUCUUUUAGCUGAAAAUAUUAUCAAAAUCGAAGAGAUCAAAGAAGAGCCAGUGGACGAAAAAGAAGACUAUUGCUGGAAUUCCAUUGCAAAAGAUGAACCCAGUACUUUACAGCAUUCAGUGAAAGAAGAAGAUGAUAAACGUGAUGAGGAGUUGGAUCCACCAUUUGCUGUGUUUGUUCAGCCAGUGGAGAAGCAAGAAGGAGCCAUUGAAGAGACAAAGGAUCCUCUUGCAAUAUCUUGUGAACGUGCUUCUGUUGGAACAAUAGAAACUGAAAUUGCUUCGAGUUCCCCAGAUAUCCACAUGCGCACCCACACUGGUAAUAAACCGUUUCAGUGCUCUAUCUGUGAAAAGAGCUUCAGUAUCUUGGGGAACUUACAUAGGCACGUGGGCACCCACACUGGUAAUAAACCUUUUCAGUGUUCCGUCUGUGAAAAGAGCUUCAGUGUAAAGGGGAAUUUACAUAGGCACGUGAGCACUCACACUGGAGAAAAACCUUUUCAACUGAAAGAGAACUUAGAUACCCACAUGCGCACUCACUUUGGUAAUAAACCUUGCCAGUAUUCCAUCUAUGAAAAGUGCUUCGGUACAAAGUGA